GUUUUCUGUUUCGUGCACAUAUAUAGAUUUACACUCAUUAAUUGUUUUUCAGACUACAGUUUAGCAAAGGAUCAAUUUAUACAAUUACUAGCUGUUGUUUGGAUUCACAUAUAUAAAGGAGAAAAUAUGCAACAUCAUUCAGAGGUAACGACGUCAACGGACCAACCAAUUUGCCCGAAGCCACGUCGUGUGUGUCCUUCUCUUCCUGAUUUCCUCAAACCUCUGUCAUGUCCCCUACACUCUUCUAAUUGCCAACAAAGUUCUGAGGGACGAAGCGGCGUUCUCAGCAUAAUUGAUAAGGUGCAGCCGAUAGAAGGUGGAACAGUAGAGUCAAUGUGGUACGCUGGGUCUCCACCUAGGCGAACCGGGAAUCCUCUUGUACACGACCGUCAUUUCAUUCACUGCCUCGACCUUUUCCCCAGUUUUUCAAGCACUAAGGCUUGAUCUUCACAUCUUCGUGGACGAUAUAUAUAUGCAUUCAU